UAAGGCCUUUCUAACAAAAUACCCUCGGAGAUGCUUGCUCUGCUAGUGGAGAUCAUCCACCUGUUGUUGAGGUUAUUGAAGGAAAUCCCCAUGAUAGUGAGGCUCAAGUACUAGAGCAACCAAUUUUGCCUCUUCUUGUUUAUGUAUCUAGGGAGAAAAGGGCUUCCCAACCCCACCAUUUCAAGGCCGGAGCUCUAAAUGCUCUUCUUUGACCCCAAGCUCUCUUCCUCGCUGGCUUUUGUUCAAUUCCCUCAGAGAUUCCACAAUAUUGCCACCAAUGAUAUAUAUGAUUGUCAAUACAGAUCAACAUAUACGGUAACAUGGCAAGGUAUUGAUGGGCUAGAUGGACCAGUGUUGUCUGGUACUGGCUUUUAUAUUAAAAGGGUCUGUUUCUAUGGUGAUUAUGUUCAUGAAGGGACUGACCUAAUGGAACUCAAAAGUUAUUUUGGCCCAUCGAAUGAGUUUAUCAAAUCUAUUCUCCACUACAGCAAGCCUAAUUUAAUCAAUAACAGAGAAUCUACCAAUUCAUUGAUAAAGGAGGCCAAAUUCUUAGCUUCUUCCACCUAUGCAGAUCAAACAAAAUGGGGUAAAGAGGUGGGUUUUCUGUAUUAUGUGUUGGAGACAGAGGACUAAAGGAGAAACCAAGAAAAUUGAUUUUUAUUAAUAUAAAACAAUUGGUACACUCUCACGUAUAAAGAGAGCAACACACUCACUCACACAAAUGAGCAACACACACUAACACACUCACACUCACUUGAUUUUUGACUUACACUAGGACACAAAACACCUUUUCACACUCUUCUCACUCAAAGGACACACACUCACACUCACACAUAAGCACUCUCUCUUUUUUCUAUUGCUUUUGGACAUGACACCUAACUCAUACAUCAUCACCUAUUUAUAGAAGAGAAAGUAGGUUGUAGAUACUUCUAGAAAUAUUUAAUUAUAGAUAUUUUUCUCACCACUUCCAAGGCACUAGUUGUUCUCCAUUUUUAAAGAGAAAACAAGAUAACUCUAGAUUCUUCUAGGGAGCUAAGUCGGAAGAGAAAACAAGAUAACUCUAGAUUCUUCUAGGGAGCUAAGUCGGCAUUGAUAUUUAUCAAUACUCCCCCUCAAUGUCGA